CAAAACUGCGUGUCACAUGACCGUCAGCUGGGAGCACUGGUUCAGAGUUGGACAGACCAGAAAGCCGGUGCCAUGGAAAGUCAGGUGUCCUCGUCCCCGUCCGUUGUCCUAAACUCUGGACAUCGGAUGCCCGUCCUGGGAUUAGGGACCUACAAGCUGUGUGGCUAUGAGGAAGUGUUUCGGGCGGUGGAUGCCGCUCUGGCUGCUGGAUACCGGUCUUUCGACAGCGCCACGGUCUACCGCAACGAAGCAGACCUGGGCCGGGCCCUGAGGGAACUCCUACCCAAAUACGGCCUGACCAGGGAGGACGUGUUUAUAACCAGUAAGCUGAGCCCGAAGGAUCAGGGUGAGAAGGCCAUGGCGGGUGCCCUCCAGAGUCUGUCUCAGCUGGACUUGGGUUACAUUGAUCUGUAUUUGAUCCACUGGCCUGGUUCACAAGGACUGCCGGUGUCUGACCAACACAACCCAGGUAACCGAGCUCAGAGUUGGGUCACGCUGGAGGAGCUGCACGGUCAGGGGAAGCUCAGGUCCAUCGGAGUGUCCAACUACACCACGGCUCACAUGAGGGAGCUGAUGCAGAGCUGCAAAGUUCCUCCUGCCGUUCUGCAGGUGGAGUUUCACCCACAGCUGUGUCAGUCAGAGCUGAGGAGUUUGUGUAAAGAGUACGGAGUUUGUUUUCAAGCGUACUCCUCCUUAGGAAAAGGAGAGCUGCUCAACGAGCCUCUGGUUAAUGAGGUGGCAAAGAACUGCGGUCGCACACCUGCACAG